UUGUUAUGAAUGCUGAACCGUUGAAUUAUCGCAUCUUAUAAUUAGCAGCUCAACUUGUUUUUGCGCGAAUAUUGAAUUUGUCUAUUUUUAUUCUCUAUCGGUGCAACCAUGGCCGACAUAAUAACGUGUAGAGAAAAAUACUUCAUGCACAAUUCACUGGUGUGUCUUAUCCAAGCAGUUCGCAAUCAAUAUUGUACAAUUGAGCUGCGAAACGGAGAUGCUGUGUCAGGAAAGCUUUCAUUUGUUGACGGCUUUAUGAACGUUUCUCUGGAGGACGCAGUUUUUAUCACGUCUGAUGACCAACAGCACCACUUUGAAUUCUUUUUUGUGCAAGCAAGGAACAUCCGAUUCAUCACCAUCCCCCAAAAUGUGGAGAUCACCGCGGCUAUCAUGGAACAACUAGAAAAGAACAGGAGGCAGUUCGCCCCUCGAUUAAGUGAGAUUGUUGGUGGGAAGCAAUUGGAUAAAGGCAGCGUAAAACGUCGUUUGUUUGCAGCACCUAACGACGGAGAUGAAGUCACUGGUGAUCACUAGUCCCAACAUGAACCAGUACGCGUCGUGCCCGCAGCUGGUCAAAGGCCAAACGAAAGCGAUGCCCCAGGAGACGAACGAGCUGCAAG